AUGCGUAGAUCUGUGAAGAUUCGUCUGUCGUGUCCCGGCCUAGCCAGAAAACCGCUGCUGAGCCACCGCCCGCCCGCCCGAACUAUAGGCGAUAAGGGCAAUAAAUGGCCUGGCGGCAGCGAUGACGAAGCGCCACUGAGACUAGAAAUCAAAGGGUACUACAAGGGAAAGAACAUGUUAGAAUUUAAGGACUACAAGGAUCGCAUGUUAACCCUCUUCGCACGACAUGAUCUCAGGCAUAUAAUCUGGAAAUAUUAUGGAUUCUAUCGAACGGAAGAUCGCAAGAUAAAUGAUGCCAAACUAUACCUCGAUGCUCGUGUUAAACAGAAGUGGUUAAACUUCGUAGCUGCGUAUGAGAAGUGUGAUGGAGCAACGCCGUUAACCUUUUAUGAUAUGCUACCGCAUCUGGAAAUGCAGCUAAAUGACCCGGAGAACCAACGUCGAAUGGCAAGCCAACGGUUUCAGGAUGCCUAUCAAAAGGAAUGGCAGACAAUACGCGAGUUCUCCAAAUAUCUUGAGGAUUGGGAGUAUUACUUACCUGCAUAUACUGAGGAACAGAGAAUGGAUAACUUGCGAAGCAAGGCACUGCCUGAAAUACGCAAAGAAUUUCUACAAUACCCCCAAUAUCCCCCAGAUUAUGAUGAGCUUCUACGGCGGAUGCAAACGAUUGAGGAGAAUAUGCCAGAACGACGGCGGGCGAUCCGCAAAGGGAAACCUGUGAUAUUUAUAGGCAAUCGAUAUAAUCCCAGAAUGAGAGGUGGCUACAGGGUGAUAGGAUGUAGUGGUGGUGACAACAAGAACAAUGUUGCCACUACCUUGCAACUCCAAUCAUUUUCCAUUACAUUCGGGCGCCUGGGAGUCCGACUUCUAAUACAAUAG